GUGGUGAAGCGGAAAUAGAUUUGGUCGCAUUAAAUUUAUCAUCUCAACAUCUCUACAUACAUUUGGUACCACAUAUUUCAUUGGCAGACUGGGAUAUGGUGGCAACUGCUUGUCCAACCGCAUCUCUCAGUUUUGGGUGUGUUUCAACACUCGGAUUUCAUCGGCAUGUGACAUGGUCCAACUAAGCAAGUCACCCCAAAACUUAGCUAUGGUAUCGUUAUCUAUAGCAAUAUUAAUGUCAUACAACUGGGUUCUUGUGGUACGAACAGGGGUGACCCCAGGGGGCCUCCGCAAAGCUCGCAGGCACACUCUCGACGUUAUCAGAACUGAUCACCUUUGCAGAGCCUUCUAUGUGCGGGAUUCCGAGUCGGAUAUAGGUAGCUCGCGGAGCUUGGUCUUACAGAUAGAAGGCACUGCAAAGCACCUACUUAAAUUGCAAGCCGCGCCCAAACCAGUUUUGUGGCCUCGAAACCCGAAAAGGCAUGGCUGCAAGGCGUCUUCGCCCUCCACGAGGGGUCAACUUGUGACGAACCAUUUACCCCUCAUCAACUGCGGAAGAUUGGGCUGUAACUUCGCCGCAGAUGCUAUCGUCAAUGCCUCCUCAGAAGGUUUUCAGGAAUCUCGCACAUCAACAUGCGCACCCCUUCCUUCUAAAGCUGAUAGGCGCUUAUUGGCGACUCGUGACCGAAGGUGACAGAUGAUAGGCAGAUCAGGUUCACCGACUUGAAGAGCCCGUGCAAGGCAAAUGAUAGCAAGUUCUGUGGCGGAUGUGCAUCUAUCAUCAACAACAAAACAAAGGGAGGCGCCGCGAGUACACU